ACUCAAUGCACACAGACACAGAUCCCAAGAAAAGAAGGCCUGCUUCUUUCUGCUGGCGGCCUCUUCUUGCAACUUCAGAGUGCGUGGUGCCGCCCCCAACCCCUGUUGGAUUGGAAUCCUAUCCUGCCAUUGAGAUCAGCGUCCCACCUUUCGUUCCUGCCCGUCCCCCGGUUCGGACCCGCCCAUCCAUGUCGACUUUCUCUCGCGAUGAGCCUCCCAGUCUGAAUCGUCUGGCCCUUGACCCCCAUCACGCCCAUCCCCGCCCACCCCGUCCUUGUGUGAGUCCGUGAAAGGCCUGCUGAGCAUGAUGGCCAGCCUGACGGGACUGGCCCUGGGACUUCAGUUGGCCUGGGCCACCCGCCUGGGCGUGUCCGGAGCCAUGGCUCAGGACCAACUGACCGUUUGCGAGUUCUACAACAAGACCUGCAUCGAUCAGGUGCAGGCCACGCCCAUUCAGAUCCCGGGGCAAGCGCGCGACUAUUCGACUUGUGUGGGCAACGAAACCUGUCCCAGUCACCAGCGGCACACCUGUUAUACCGUGUGGAGCCCCACCCAACCGGAGUCGGUGGUGGGCGGGGCUGUGACCGGUCCACCCUUUGGCCAUCCGACCGGUCGUCGGGUCAAGAUGAUGGGCUGCUUCAUGAGCGAGGAUACGGAUUGUUUGGCCCAGGAUUCCUGUCAGGAUCGGACGGAUUUGAACGAUGAUGCGGGUCAUUUCUUUUGUUGUUGUCGCGGGUCCAUGUGUAACUCCAAGUUCGAAUGGAUCCGCCCAUUGGAGUCGGCUGAAUCCACCGACACGGACCCGCCGGCUGAAGCCCUGGAUCGGACGGAUUUAACGGUGCUGGCUUUCGUGUCGGUGGCUGUGGUGGUGGUGAUUGUGUUAGCCGUGCUGGUCAUUUUCUGUGUGUAUCGGCAACGUCAAGUGGCCACCUAUACCGCCUCCACGACGCUGAGUCCCGAAGAUCCACGCCAACGAAUCGAUGCCCCGCCCUCGCCCAAACUCAUUCAACAGGAGGUCGAGCUGCUGGAAAUCAAGGCUCGGGGCCGCUUCGGGGCCGUGUGGCGUGGGAAAAUGGGUCAGAACGACCAGGUGGCCGUCAAAAUCUUCCCCUUGCCCGAUCAAAGCUCGUGGUUCGCCGAGCAAGAGAUUUACAACUUGCCGCGGAUGAACCAUGAUAACAUCUUGGAGUUCAUGGGCGUAGACAAACGCGGGGAGGGACUUCAACAAGAGUUCUGGCUCAUGACCAAAUUCCACGAAAAAGGAUCGUUGUGUGACUUCCUCAAAGCUCACACGGUGACUUGGGAGCAACUCACUUUGAUCGCCCAUUCCAUGGCUAGUGGUCUCACUCACCUCCACGAAGAGCUUCCACCCCGAGGUACCCUGGAUAUGAAACCUGCUGUGGCGCAUCGUGACUUCAAGAGCAAGAAUGUACUCAUAAAGGCCGACUUAACGGCUUGCAUCGGAGAUUUCGGAUUAGCUCUCAUAUUCGAACCCGGAAAACCUUGUGGCGACACUCAUGGCCAAGUUGGGACUCGUCGAUAUAUGGCACCCGAGGUCUUGGAGGGUGCUAUCAACUUCUCCCGUGACUCGUUCCUCCGCAUUGAUAUGUAUGCUUGUGGACUGGUGCUAUGGGAGUUGGCAUCUCGUUGCCAAAUGUCCGGUGGAAUUGUUCCCAAAGAGUACAAAGCCCCUUUUGAGGAGGAAGUCCCUCAUCCCACCUUGGAACAGAUGCAGGAAUUGGUUGUAAAUAAAAAGACGAGGCCCAUCAUUCCCGAGCCUUGGAUACGCAAUCCGGUGAUGAGUGAAUUGGUAUCCACAAUAUGUGAAUGUUGGGAUCAAGACGCCGAAGCCAGACUCUCAGCAUCGAAUGUGAAAGAACGGGUAAAGACUUUCCGCGAAUUGAAUUCCGCUUCGAAUCCGGUGAACAACCUCCAGGGUCGCCUGGACCAUCAAAGAAACAUGGCCAAUCAGCUGGAUCGUCCCAGCAAUGGCCACACACCCUCCACCACCACGCCUAUUAAUGUGGGCGAGCAGCAUGAAAUGAGGCCGCUUCUGAUCAGUGCUCAAAACGGCAGUGGAGUGAUCGCCAAUGGAGAUGUCUUGAGCUAAAAUGGACGUUCCACGUGUUUCAUCCAAGAUUCCUAUUACUCACCUACCUCUCAAAAUAUGUAUGUGCUAGGUUGUUGUGCUUUUUGAUUGAGUUUAGAGGACCUCCUCGGGUCUAUUUGCUCUCUCCUCGUCUUUCUGGUUCAGUUUUUCUUGGCCCACUCCCUUGGGACUUGAAAAGGGCCAAUACUGGCCUUAGUUUCUGUCGAGUGUGUGCUGUGAUCGAGUCAACAAACAUGGACACGAAAAAGCCUGGCCUAUGACUGGGCACAGCACGUCGCAAUGACCCAACCUUUCAUAAAAUUUACAACAUCGAUCUGGCUUCGAGCAAGAUUGAUUACAAACGAUUUAGCAGUGGACCAAAUCUCGUUGCCUCUCUCUAUCUACACGUCCUUUCCGUAUGUCGAGGCAUGUCCGGAGAGCAACAAUCCCACAGACAGAUUGCACAGCUGACAGAAACGAACAUAUGUCUGUCUUCGAUUAUUUCAUGUGAUGACGAGUAUGCGUGGAGAAUCCACGCACCUGUGCAUCGUCAUGCCUUAAUAUUUGAUAAAUCAUAUAUAUUUAAAGGAUCAUCUAAAACAAUCAUCAACAACAAUGUGUAUUAGUGACAAUGUUUGUACUCGUACAUGUUAAAAUGUAUUUUCAGAGGGACCUGAUUUUAACACAUUGAUAAAGAAAACCACAAUUUGUUCCAUGUGAACCCCGAUCAAUUUUGCGAUAAAAUCUAAAUUCGAGCAUGUGUCUCGGCUUGUUAGUUA